AUGGCUGUCCUCUCUAAGGAGUAUGGUUUCGUGAUUCUAACUGGUGCUGCCAGCUUCUUGAUGGUUACUCACCUAGCCAUCAAUGUUUCCAAGGCCCGCAAGAAGUACAAAGUGGAGUAUCCUACCAUGUACAGCACCGACCCUGAAAACGGGCACAUCUUCAACUGCAUUCAGCGAGCUCACCAGAACACGUUGGAAGUGUACCCUCCCUUCUUGUUUUUCCUAGCUGUCGGAGGUGUUUACCACCCACGUGUAGUUUCUGGCUUGGGCUUGGCCUGGGUCGUUGGACGAGUGCUCUACGCUUACGGCUAUUAUACAGGAGAACCCAGAAAGCGGCAGCGGGGAGCCCUGAGCUUCGUCGCCCUCAUUGGCCUGAUGGGCACCACUGUGUGCUCGGCCUUCCAGCAUCUUGGUUGGGUUAGAACCGGCUUGAGCGGCGGGUGCAAGAGCUGCCACUGA